CAGGGCGAGUUGGAACACCGGAGAUUGAAGAGCUUCUAUAAGCGUACCAACAAAAAUCUGUCGUUCAGUUCUCAGGUCGCUGCAGAAGCCAUACUCGAUCGCAUUCGCCGUGGUAUCCCAGCAUCUUCCAAGCGAAACAAAAUACUACCUGCAUCGAAGGCAAAGGCCAGGCGUCGACGUAACCUAUGCGUGCAGUUCGAAGAGGAUGGACCGCUCCCAGCUACCAGCAUUUACGACCACCACCAUAUGUCGACGGAGCAACGAUAUGCCGAAAAUAUUCACAAUUUCUUGCAGACAAAUGCUGACGAUCCGGCAUGCAAGGAUUUUUUACGUGACCUCAAGACACACCUCCUUCAACGUUUGACUGAUGGAACUGCCCUUCACACUGACGACGAGCCCACAGAUGAAGACAUUGCACGCGUUCGUAUCUGCGGCAACCGUCUCUAUCGCCAGAAAGUCUUACGGAUCAAUUACACCACAUACGACAUGCGC